UGUAUUUUUACUUGCAGGAGAAAAUGGGGGCGUCAGAGUCGCAUACAAGUGCUCUAUCUGAGGCAAGAAAGAGGGAGCUGGAGAGAAAAGAGAGAGAACUGAACAAAACAGCCAUGGAACUGGAUAGAAGAGCGAUGGAACUGGAUGAAAGCACAAUGGAUCCAGAUAUUAGAGAGACAGACCUGGAGAGAAGGGAGAAAGAACUGAAGCAAAGAGAAACAGAACUGGAUAAAAGACUGAUGGACUUGCAGAGAACACACAUGUGCUGGUUUAUAAGUGAUAUACUGGGGAAAAGAGAGAUAGAACAAGAGAAAACAGCAAUGGAUCCAGAUAUUAGAGUGAGACAACCAGAGAAAAGAGUGAUUGAACCCUAUAUUAAAGAGAGAGAACUGGAGAAAAGAGCAAUGGAGCUGGAUAGAAGAGCAAUGGAAAUGGAUAUUAGACAGAGAGAAAUUGAGAAAAGAGCGGAGAGAAGACAGACCGAUUUGGAUAAAAGACUGAUGGACCUGCAUGUAAGGAAAUAUAAGCUGUAUAUAAGAGACAGAGAAGCAAUGGAACUGGAUGGAAGAGAGAUAGAACUGAAGAAAAGAGAGAUGGAACCAGAUAUUAGAGAGAUAGAAAUGGAGAGAAAAGAGAUGGAACUGUAUAUUAAAGAAAGAGAACUGGAUGGAAUAGAGAGCGAAAUGGAGAGAAGAGAAACCGAACUGGAAAGAAGAGAGAGAGAACUGGAUAGAAGAGAAACCGAACUGGAUAAAAGAGAGAGCGAACUGGAUAGAAGAGAGAAAGAACUGGAUAGAAGGCCUGAAGGAAUGAAACCUGUGCGAACUAGCAGCAAUGAGUUAGUCCAUCCUAACAUGUCUGAAAGUGAGAACAAAUCUCCAAUCUAUCUGAAUGGAAAUUGAAGCGAGUUGAAGGAUGUUCCAGUUUUCCAGUGAAGGUCGAAUACAGCUGAUCAAUUGAUUCAAUUGAGUUGCUUUGA